AGGGAACGGAAGCAAAUCCUGAAAACGCCGAAAAGUUCCGAAGUGGCGGAUCGCGAGGCGAUUGACUUUCCACCUUCCAACAAGCGGUCAUUGCUAUACAUCGCAGUCAUGUCUGAAGGGGAGCUAGCAGAAGACUUGUUUCCAGCUUCAGGUAGCGGUUCACCGGCCAAGAGUAUCGGGGAAGACGCUCCUGUAGCUUCUGGAUCGCGUUCGCAGAGUCCAGCCCAGCCGACACUGGAGAACCCAGUAGAGGAGCCGGUAGACGAUGAUGACGAUGGAGAUCUGUUUGGGGAUGACGAUGAGGAAGACGCGAAAAAGUCGGCCUCGCCACGGAGUCGAGCUGCAUCGUCCUCUGCGACUCCAAAGACUCCGCCAACAUCUGCCUCUGAGGAUGGAGGAGAAGGAUCUGCUCAUGGAUCACCAAAUCCACUAGAAUAUGCCGAGGAAGAAGUAGGAGUUGAACAGGAUGUUAUCUGGGCAAACAUCGCUCUCCCUAAGAUGCCGAGACUCAAAGCUACAGAUGGCAAGAUAUGGCAACUUCGUCUACCAGCUUAUGUCAAUAUUGAGCCAAAGCCAUACGAUGCUCACUACUACCAGGAAACACUGAACGAGUCCGAAAUCGACGGAUCAAAGGACCCUAUGGGCGCGAAGAGUCGAAUGCUCGGCGUGAAAAACACUAUCCGAUGGAGAUGGGUUAUGGGUCCGGAGGGAAAGCCUGUGCGAAAGAGCAACGCUCGGAUGCUCAGAUGGAGCGAUGGAUCCAUGUCACUUCAGCUGGGAUCGAACCUGUUUGACGUGGCGGCGUCACAUGGAGCGACCUUGCAACGAGACGAGGAUAUCAAAGACGUCAAACCAUCGACCACUAGUCAACCUGAGGCUUCUACAUCGCAAACCAAUGCCACAUUCUUAUGCGUGGCGGUCGGCUCGGAGCGAGUACUCAUGACGGAAGGCCCUAUCGCUGGACAAUUGUCUCUCGUGCCGACCUCCAUGACGAGUGCAACUCACUUGGAGCUCGCCAAACAUGUCGGUCAACAGCACGUCAAACACUCGCGUAUGAAGAUCCUUGAAGACGAAGUCAAGCCUGAGACUCUGGCAAAUCUUCAGCGUGAAGCUGCCGGCAAGAGCGUUGUCACGAAGCUUCGGGUUAAGCGACCUACGGGAAGCCGAGGAGAAAGCAGUCGGAGGAAUCAACGUGGUCGUCGUGCUCGAAGCGAAUCUAGCGGCUCAGAGCGAGGAUUUCGACGUGAAAAGGAUUACGAGGAGGACGAUGGUUUCGUCGUGGCAGAUGAUGAUGAUGAGGAGGAGGCAGAGGAAACGGAGGACGAGGACGAUGCAGCCUGGGGGAGCAAAAAGUCAAAGAGCAAAUCAUCGAAACGGGCCAAGAGGAGAAAGGGCUCAGAAUCACUGGACGAGCUGGAGGAAGCUGACAGGCGUUUAGAGGAGCGAGAGAGGGAAAGGAAGAGGGCGAAAAAGGCAAAAGCCAAGAGCAGAGAUUACGUGGAUUCAGACGAGGACGAUGAAGACGAAGUGGACGAUGCGGACGAGAUGGAGGGAGGGGACGAUGAUGCUGAUAUGGCUAUGGACGUCGAGAGCGAAGACGAUUGAUGCAUGUCGUGAUGUCGU